AUGGGCUCUCAAUUGACCAAAAAUAGUGACACAAAUCGUAAUCCAAACAAAACUGUCAACAAAUCAAACCCCAAAUCAAGAGAUUAUAUCAAUAAUCGGCGCAAGAGUUCCGUGGAUUCGGUGUCUACUCCUGAGUACAUCACAUCCACUGCCAUCGAAGCCAUCGGAAGCACUCAAUCCGAUACCAAAACACACAUUACUGGCCACAGAAGCGAUCACAAGAUACCCAUUCCCGCAGAGAUUGUGGUCGUGUCCGACGGAUCAGCUAUUGAGGACAUCCCGCCGACGAUAGCGUUUCCGCCAUCUUUCAAGCCAUUGAUUCCCAUCGGUUACGAGUCGUUGUCUCAUAAUUAUCCACAAUUAAAGCCCGAAUAUGUCAUCACAUUUGGUCUGAUUAUCGAAAGGCAUUUGAAGACUAAAUCAGAGUUUGUGGCCAAAGAGCAGCAGAAGCUCAUCGACCGGAUCAGAGACUUGGACUCAAUUGUCUCUUACAUAUCAAAUCAGUUUAUUAUCGAAAGACAGAAACGUCUCAUUAAAGUGUCCGACAAUUUGUUGAAAGUCGAGGAGAUUUCGGCAUUAAUUGAAAAGUGCGACAAAGAUAUCGAUAAUUGUGUGAAAAAUUUUGAAAAACUGAACCAAUUUUUACCCAAAGCUUUAGCCUUAGAAAAGUUUGAUGUGCCCAAAAUGUCAUCUCCUUCUCCGGGCCCGCUAUCGACCGCACAAACAAUUGGUAAUAUACCCGCGCGAAGAGUGAGCAACAGUUUCGUAGGCCUGACAGGUCUGGGCGAUGGCGGUCGCCAACAGACGGGUCCGCUCACACCUCCGCUGUCACAACAUUCACAACACUCUCCGAACUCGUUUUUGGCCGGACUUUCAUCGCGUUUGUUCACAAAUAAGGGCCGAUUACCUGAUCUCCUGGACAUCACAUCUGGUUCUCUGUCUAAUUCAAAUCUAUUAGGGUAUAGGAAUUCAAUGCACACUUUCGGUGUUGUGGGCGGUUCUGUUGGCGGACCGCCGGCGCCGUCUCUCGACAUGACUGAAUUUCCAACACUCACCGGAAGCAACUCUAACAAUCUAUUAUCCCAAAGCAACGCUUCGGGUCGACCGGCAUAUGUAGGUAUGGUUAAGGACAACGUGACCAACAAUUCCUCAUCAAAUGAGUUCAAUAUACAAAGUGAAGACUUUCCGGCACUUCCCGGCUCUAACCCUAACCUCCACUUCGGCGGCAGUCAUAACGAAAACUCUUCGCUAAGCAGUGCGUCGACUGUCAUGUCUUUGGGCGCCAAUAACAUGACGGCAGGAAUGGGUCAUCACUCGGGUCUCAUCAACAACAGCGGCGCCGGCGAUGCGAACGUGAAAUACAAACGAGGAAUUCAGACCAACAAAGAGGGGCGGGUGACCAACAUUCCCAUCGGAAUGGUCACCGACCAGUUCGGAAUGGUUGGCCUCUUGACCUUCAUUAGAGCCGCCGAAUCCGACCAAAGCUUAGUGUCGCUGGCGUUGGGAACAGACCUGACCACUCUUGGACUUAAUCUCAACUCUAAUGAACCAUUGUAUCAAACAUUUGCCGGUCCGUGGAGUGACCAACCACUGAAACCCCCGGAAAUUGACUAUCCGGUGCCCACCGAAUACCUGAUCAACGCGUCCAUCAGAGAUAAGUUGGCGCCACUCAAACUGAACCGCUAUGGAGACGACCUGUUAUUCUUCCUGUUCUAUAUGUAUGCGGGAGAUAUCAUACAAAUAUUAGCCGCCAGCGAAUUAUAUGUGAGGGAUUGGCGAUACCAUAAGGACGAGCGUAUUUGGAUAACUCGAGCGCCGGGAAUGUUGCCGCAGGACAAGCAGCAGACGUACGAAAGGGGCACCUAUUACUUCUUCGACGCCCAUAAUUGGCGCAAAGUUGCGAAGGAAUUCUGCCUUUUCUACGACCGGUUGGAGGACAGGCCGGCGGCCGCCGCCUUCUCCAGUGCGCCGGUUCUCAGUUCAUGA